CACAGACUGUAUCCAUCACUGCUGAACACAGACAGGUACGAGGUUUGUGUGGCGGACCGCACCACAGGAGAAACGCUUCACACAGCAGCAGUCUAUCAUCCCGACAGUGUCACUCAGUCAGAAGCGUCAGCUGGGAGCCGUGACGUCCGAAUGAAAGCACAGAUAAUUCUCUUGGAGCUGCAAAGGCAAGAGCUUCUUUCUAUUAAUGAGAAAUGGGCGAAAGAGUACCGCACCAUGGUACGGUACUACAAAGAGAGGGUCCAGGACUUAGAAGCAUUACUGCAACGUAAGACGUGUGAAGAGGGAGAAAAUAACAUCACAUCAUCCAAGCAAGUCAAAGAUAAAGAGAACGCUUUGAAGGGAGACGAGCUACUGAAAGCAGAAAAAGAGGCGGAAGAGCUGCGAGCACGAAACAGCACUUUGACACGAAAAGCGCAGCAUCAGCACGACGAGAUCAGACGAUUGAACAAGGCUCUACAGGAGGCGCUUCAGACUGCUCAACCUCUCAGUGUGAGCAGUGAAACACUACAGGAUGUCUGGAAACAUCAGGCCGAAGUCUACAAGGAGGACUUUUUGACGGAGCGCAGGGACAGGGAGAAGCUGAAGGACAAGUAUCUGGAGCAAGAGAAGAAGUUUAGGAAAGUUCACAGUGAGCUACGCGUCCUCAAAUCUCAGGUGACGUGGACUCCGCCACCGCAGCCUGUGCUCAAAAGCAGCACCACAAAUCAAGCCGCAUGUCCACACUGGGAGCUCCGCCAGAUUGACCAGCACCACGUCCAGCUGCAAAGACGCAACACGCUCAGCAAACCGUGACAAUCGACGACGUCCUCGCUCUUUUGUGUGAUAAUAUGUGUUGAAGGUCUACGAUCACAGAUCAUCAUUAGCGGGGUGAGACUUUUCUAGUUUAUCAAGGAAGUGAGCUCUGUUCUGUUUCAGUCCUCGGGCCGACUUCAGGUAGUUCUUGUCGUGGUCGUAACGAGGCCAAUCCACCAGUCCGGGCCCACUGGGAGUCCUGGGAAGCAAACACGUAUAAAUACACUUGAACAGCCUGUGAAAUAGAAGUGUGACCCUGUAGUUUAAACACUUCCCAAGAGGAGAAAAGCAGAAUAGAGGGGAAUAAAAAACACUCUACCCAUUGCGUGCAAAGCUUGCUUAGUUCCUCCUCUCCACACAGGUCCUGAGGGAGAUAUCAGUAUUGCACUGCCCAAACACUAUUGACUUUAUCAAAGGUGCAACAUGAAUGAAGGAUCUUCCUGUUUCAAGUACCUGUAACCACAGCGUGCCCAGUGCAAAAAGAGGAUCCAAGAGACAACAGAAGGUCAUCAUAGUGGUCAGCUUUGACAUAAGUUAGUCUUGUCCCGCCGGGCAUCAGAGGAGAAUGCUGACACCCGUAGACGUACGCAGGCCGCAGAGCACCUGCAUCUAUCUGGAAGAAUCAAAACGCAAGUCAUGUUGUGUGACGACAAGGAGGGCUGCGAUUUAUUCUGACUCGCAAUAAAGCACCUCUGUGGUAUGCAGACACUUUAAGAACUGGAAGAACGAGGACCGAGUAUCUCAGUGAAAGCGUCCCGCACGUUCUCUGGAGAGUCGUCCUGUAGCAGGUGUUCAUUCAGUAUGACCUCAUUCACACCUGAGGCCUGUCAGAGGAAAGAUAGAGGUGGUGGGAGAAGACGAAGAAAUAUAUAGGAACAUUUAUUUUUACAGUAUAUUUAAAAAGGUUUAUUUUUUUUCCCUGUUUCUUGUUUAUUUAUC